AUGGCCGCGACUUCUGAUUUUUAUUUCGGCUUACUGCGCGUUUCGAUGAUACAAUUGUUGAAGUCCCACGGCUUCGAUAGGGCAAAACCAAGUACGAUUGAUAUUAUAACUGACUUGUACAUUAGAUAUCUGAGGGUUCUCACUUCGGAAAUUAUAAAGUCAGCACAAUCGAGGCUAGACUGGGAUGAUACUCUUGCACUACAAGAUUUGACUUUGGGCCUGCAAAAUUUGGGCAUAAUUAAACCUGUCGAUGUGCUGGAUGUAUACGAUGAGAACCCGAAUUUGGUCAGCGAUGAGGGAAUGAGAAAGCUUAAAGAGUGGUGUGUCAGAGAUCGCCAGCCGGCGGACGCAAGGAAAGUAGCGCUGCCGUCUGGCAGUCUUUUGCGCAGCAAUUCAAAGGGCUCGAAACCACCUUCACUGAUUCCGGAAUAUAUAAACCAAUUGCAACACGGCGGUCAAGGAGCUGGCGACACCAAUGGCAACGAGGAAGAUAAACUGGUUGAGGAAUUGAUUAACAACGGCGAUGUAGAUGAUUGGAUAAGGCUCGUCCUCUCUCGUCAGCGAAUCAACCACGCAAAACGGGCGACCGGCAAGGAACCCCAGACUCUCGAUGACCUAUCGUCAGUUCCAGGCUUCAAGCACUCCGUAUUAAACGCCAACAAUAUCAGCGCAUCCGGUAACCAAACGGUCCCGGAUUGCGCCCUGGCUAACUCUGGAGAAGAAGCGAGUAUUGCAAGAAAGGGCACUGAGCUAUUGCAGAAACUGCCCGUAAUGAGACCCGAGUGGAAGCUAGAAAACCUGUCACUCUCGUUUGAUAAAGAUGAGGGCAGCGAAAAUAAUGAAGACCUCGAGAGCUUACAAAACGACAGUGCCGUCGACGAUAUCCCGACUAGUUUACCACCAGAAGAAGAUUUUGACGAUCUCGGCACCAACGGAUCAAAUUUUAUUCUCGGCGACAACACCGAUACUCAGAUUGCCGAGAUGGAGGAUAUGGAUAACACUUUCCAGCGAAGGGAAUCGCUGGACUUUGGAAAUACACCGCAUGCUCUCAAUUUCGAGUACAAUGGAUUUUAA